AGAACAAAGAGGUGCUAUCUUACCAGCCGAUGAAGCUUAUUGCUCCACUCCCUUCAUGACGCUGGGUACUCACAAGCCUAUAAAAUGUGCCUUGGCUCCCAGUCAGCUUCUCUUUCAGCAAAAUCAAAAGCAAGAGGUGGCUGUAGAGAGGAGCAAUAGGAUGCUGCUCUACCCAGAGGCAGCUCUCCAGUCUCAGCUGGUAUAACAGUUGAACAGAGUAGCCAAAGCUUUUCUGGCAGGUUUCUCAUUCCCACUGUCUGCUGUGCUGCCUCACUCCCUUUUUUCUUUCUUUCCUCUUCUUACUUGUUUGUGGUGAUUUUGGUGGGCUGGGAGAGGCACAUCAUUUCUGGAACUGAGGAGAGGAACAUCCAAGAUGACUUCUAUCCCCACAGCCAACGGGAACAUGAGCAUGAGCAGCAGGUGGAACAUUAGCCUUGCUGCAGCGGGUGAUCCCUGGGGACAGGAACUGGGAGCAUCAGCUGGAAACUCUUCUCACCCUGUAGCAUCCUCAGCAGCCAACUUCUCCAACCAAUUUGUGCAACCCUUUUGGCGCAUUGCCCUGUGGUCUCUGGCUUAUGGUGGUGUGGUGGCAGUGGCUGUUUUUGGAAAUCUCAUUGUCAUCUGGAUUAUCCUGGCUCACAAGCGCAUGAGGACAGUGACCAAUUACUUCCUGGUGAACCUGGCCUUCUCCGAUGCCUCCAUGGCUGCUUUUAAUACUCUCAUCAAUUUCAUCUACGCGCUGCACAGUGAAUGGUACUUUGGAGAGGCUUACUGCCGCUUCCACAACUUCUUCCCAAUUACAGCUGUCUUCGCCAGCAUCUACUCCAUGACAGCAAUAGCUGUGGACAGAUACAUGGCCAUUAUUGAUCCCUUGAAACCUAGGCUCUCUGCAACUGCUACCAAGGUGGUCAUUGGGAGCAUAUGGACUUUGGCUUUCUUGUUGGCCUUUCCCCAGUGCCUAUACUCCAUAACCAAGGUGAUGCCUGGGAGAACUCUUUGCUAUGUAGCGUGGCCUGGGGGUCCAAAACAGCACUUUACGUAUCAUGUUAUUGUGAUUGUCCUGGUCUACUGCUUUCCACUGCUUGUCAUGGGCAUCACUUAUUCCAUAGUGGGAAUUACGCUCUGGGGAGGAGAAAUACCAGGCGACACAUCCGACAAAUAUCAGGAGCAGCUCAAAGCUAAGAGAAAGGUGGUAAAAAUGAUGAUUGUGGUUGUGCUGACAUUUGCCAUCUGCUGGCUGCCGUACCACAUUUACUUCAUAGUUACUGGGAUCUACCAACAAUUAAAUCGGUGGAAAUACAUUCAGCAAAUCUAUUUGGCCAGCUUUUGGCUCGCCAUGAGCUCUACAAUGUACAAUCCCAUUAUCUACUGCUGUCUUAAUAAGAGGUUCCGAGCUGGCUUCAAACAAGCUUUCCGUUGGUGCCCCUUCAUUGAGAUGUCCAGCUAUGACGAGCUAGAGCUCAAAGCAGCUAGAUUUCAUCCCACUCGGCAAAGUAGCCUAUAUGCUGUGUCCAGAAUGGAGUCCAGCAUGACAGUGGUGUUCGACACUAGUGACGGAGACAACACCCAUGCCAGCCGUAAGAAAAGAGCAGCUCCAAAGGACAUCAGUUUCAAUGGCUGUUCACGGAAGAAUUCCAAGACUGUCUCCACAGCCUCAAGUCUCAUCAGUUCACUGCACACAUCAGCAGAUGAUUAUUCCUGAGCAUUUCAUGGUGACAGCUGCUAGAAGGGCAGCACUGGACAAUGCUUUCCUACUUUGGGACUAGAUAUUCAUGCCACAGGAAAGCAAACAUAAUUCCACUGACAAAACCUAGCUAUAAAUACAGCGAGACUUUUAAGCAUCACUUUUCUGCUUUGGAGAGAAGGAGGAACUUGAAGACAUACGUAUGCUUCAGUUUGAAAGCACACGCUUAAUACACAGCAAUGUUGGUAGCAAUUAUCUGAAACAAGCCAAUGGCAUAAAAUACAUUGUUUCAGCUGUAUCUGACCUGUGGCAUUUAUGUUUCUCUUACUGUAAUGUAACAGACUCCUUAUUAAAGCUGAAAUGCAUCAUGGUUUCUACUAUGAGUUUAUUAAUCCCACACAAAAUUACAAGAGAUCUGAUACAAUAUUUCUUUAUAAUGAAGACAUAAUGAGCCCCAAGUCUAUUUUUCUGUUUGUUUGUUUGUUUUGUAAUUAAGCCCUAUUCCCAGGCAAAUAAACAAAAGGGCAUUCACGUGAAUGAAGUUCAGCUCUGUCUGCAACAGGAAAAUUUUUCAACUGUAGAUGAAAAAUAUUUUUUUUUAAAGCAGAAAAUCUCCAAGGGGCUAAGUUAAAUUCUACCCAAGUUUCUAUAUUAGUGAACAUUAGAUUCCAAUGGUAGGUGUGCUUCCAGGAGGAUUCAUUGCUUAGAUGAACGUCUUGUAUCUUAGUGAUAAGUUGUUUAAGUACUAAAAACUUUCUCUAAUGACCUUAACUGGCCCUUUGUGAUUGACUUUAGAAAGGACAAAAGAUUUUAAACUGGAGAUUCACAUACAAGAAAAAUACCACUGUGGCAAUAAGCUCUUCUCUGCAGAAGAUACAUAACAUAUCUCACUAUGAAACACCUCUACCAGUAAAAAAAUAUAUGGGUUGUUUUCCAAAAUUUUCCAUGUAAAUGUAUCUUCUGCCUGCAUCUGAAAAUAUGUUAGGCGUUAUUACACAGACACUUCCCCACCUGAUUCAGGGAAAAUCCACUAUCACUGUUGCAAAGAAAGCUGAAUUUACUACAAAAGUGACCAGAGAGCAGCCUUUGUUUCAGAUAAAUGGCUAUGUCAGUUGCAUCAAUCAGCUGGUUGUUUGAAUGCUUGUUCUCAAACAGUUAAUCAAAACUGGAGCAAAAGAGUGUCUUCCCAAGACGGCCAGACAAGCACAGAGGAGUGUAUACCUGACUCAAUCCAAGACAGUAUCAAAGCUGAGCAACUAACAAAGAAGUUUGAAGAGAGAAAGGCUUGAACUGGGUUUAGCUCACUUUCUUUCCCAGCAACUGGGAAUGCCCAGCAUUGUGAGCAUAUGUUAUGAGACUAGUAACAAGAAUCAUGUUUGUACUGUGAUUCAUCUGUAUAGUCAAUUGCUGUAUUCUGCUAAGUAUAAUUUGAAUUUGUACCGUGAUUUCAGUGCCUUGCUGUAUCACUCGGCUAUAUCAAAAUCCUGUGUAAGACGAAACAUCCUCAAAUAAGUAAAUCUAGUACUUAACAUUGAA